AUUAAAUUUUGAAAUUAGUGCUAUAACCAAUAAUUAAUAUGAUGUGUUUCUUAACUAACGCCCGUUCGGCUUGUAUUAGUUAAUGUUUUGUGAUCGGUUAUAAAAAAUAUUUAAUCCAACACGCAAAAGACGGAAAUUUUCAACGCUCAGAAGUAUUCGGUAAUUAUGAAUGAUUUGUUCUGAAAUGAACAUUUUAUUUCAAAAUGCGUUAAGCCGGGUUGUUAAAUUCUUAUGUUGGUUAGCUAAAGUCACUAUGGUUCUAACUCAACGAUCUAAAUGGAUGUAUGCAAUUGCUGGAAGUGGUGUUGUACUUGGUAUUUUCAAUUAUUUUCAACCUGAAAAAACAGCAGUUAAGAAUUCCUGGACAACUAAUUUUGAACCUUCUGUGAAAUGGAAUCAUAAUUGGGACAAUCGAGAUGCUUCAGCUGGGGACAAAGAAAGGUUAAAAGAUUCUGAUAGCAAAGCACCAAUAGCUAAAAGGCACAUAUUUAUGAUUCGUCAUGGUCAGUACAAUAUGAAAGCCAAGAGUGAUGCAGAAAGAAAAUUAACAGAACUAGGUCGGAAGCAGGCAGAGUUAGUGGGGCAGCGUUUGAAAGACUUGAAAUUCAACUACACCAAAAUGAUUCGAUCUACGAUGACUCGUGCUAUAGAAACUUCAGAUAUCAUACACAAGUGUUUCCCAAAGUUACCUAUAGAGAGCUGUGAUUUACUUCGAGAAGGAGCUCCUAUUCAACCGGAUCCACCGUCAAAUAAUUGGAAGUUUGACGAUGAGCAAUAUCGUAAAGAUGGUGAGAGAAUAGAGAAAGCUUUCAAGACUCAUUUUCAUCGGGCAGAUGUCAAUCAAGAAUCUGAUAGCUACGAAAUAAUGGUUUGUCAUGCAAAUGUCAUUCGGUAUUUUAUUUGCAGGUUGUUGCAGUUUCCACCUGAAGCCUGGUUGCGCUUUCAGCUGCAUCAUUGCAGUAUCACAUGGGUUGUUAUCAUGCCGUCCGGAAGGGUUGGCGUGUACGGUAUAGGGGACAGUGGAUUCUUUGAUUAUGAUCACAUGACAGGUUGAGAAAUGAUUGGACGAGUUCUGUGACACGGAGUCAGUAGAACACACUCUGAUUUGCUUAAACUUUUAGAAUGUAAAGCAAUUGUUCUACUCCUGACUUUUCGAACUAUCUAGUUCAUGUGAUAAUAUCCUUUAAUAAAAUUUUUUAUCCAUAUUUCAAAUAUAUAUAUGUUACAAAAAACUAUAAUAGUACUGAUUAAAAUCUUAUUCUAAUUAUCAUUUUCAAAAAGUUAUGGAAUAUCCAUAUUGAAUUUGUUUUGAUAAGUCUGCUUGAAUUGCACCGUUAAAAUUCUCAAUACCUGAUAGAUAUGAAUUUCUAUAUUGUUACAAUAAAGAUAAUUGACCUGGUGCCAGAGAAAUUUUAUUUACAGAUAAAAGCUUGUUAUUAAAAUAUUUGAUUUAGCUCUAAAUUAUUUAUUUAUAUUUUUAAAAAAAGUAAAAGGGUAGGAAUGUCUUCACUCUCCUAUAUUUGGUUAAACUGUUUGAUCUUUUUUAACUCAUUUUGUCCAUUGUUGUUUUAAGCAGUUUUAUCAUUUCAGAGUUCAUUAUGCAUUAACAAUUUUAUUUGUCAAUUCUAUUAUUGUUUACUUAAAAAGAAUGAGAGAGAAAAGACUCUCCUAUAUUUGUUUAAACUGAAUAAACUUUUUCAACUCGUCAUGUCCAAUUCUUACUUAAACAGUUUUAUCAAUUCAGAGCAAGCUCCACUUAAUUCAUGUUUUCAGAACUCACCUAUUAAUCAUCACCUUCAGUCCAAAGAGUUUAGUCAUUUUAUCAAAAGGCUUUAAACUUGAGCUUUUGAAGAAAAAAAACUUGUUUGUUGAAUUCUUAAAUUUUGUACUUGAAUGUAUUGAAAAUGAUUUUUAGUAAUUAUGGAAUUGUGUGUUAUUUAUGUUACUUAUGAAUAUGUUUUGUUUAUGUACAGAUAACAAAUAAUGUUUCCAUGUUUAAAAAUUUUCAAGAAUAAACUGAAAUUGUUGGAUAAAUUUUGAGCUUAACUUCAUUUCAUCACUCCAACUUUAAAAAAGCUUAGUGAUAAUACGAGAAAAGUUUGAAGUAAGAAUGGAAAUUUGAAUCCGCUUUUCUGUGAAAAUAAUAAUAUUCAUAGCUGCCAACUCUACUGGAUUUUCCAGGACUCCUGGAUUUUGCCAAUUUCUUCUUUUCUACUGGUUUAGUUAAAAUUCUCCUGAUUUUUGUACAUUUUAGAAAAUGCCUUAAAGUUUUCUAAAAAAAUCUUUAUUGAAAUAGAAUUUUUGUAUAAAUUCUUUCUUGCUUGCUAGAAUAUUUAAAUAAGUAUUACCAAUACAUUACAUAAUGAAGCGAACCUUAUUUAUAGAAAUCAGUUCAAAACUUUUUUUGUUCUAAAAAGUUCAGUUCAUUUUUAUUCGGAACGUUCUUUUUACAUUAAUUAAAAAAAUAUUUUAACUAUUUUUGAUGAAUUAAAUGCCUAUUAAUAUUCGAAAUUAUGAGUAAACAUAAUACAUAACAUAUCAAGUAUGUUUAAAGGCAAUCAUGACUGGAAAAUAUUGCAGUUUUUCUAUUUUGAUGACUUUAAAAAUCCCUAAAAUUCCCUAUGCGUUAAAGUAAUGAUUAUCAUGAAAUUUAUAUUAUUUCUAAAAUCCCUUUCGUGGUGAAUAUAGAUUCAUAAAUUUUCUGAGUACUAUUCUACUCAGUUGACUAAUAUUUUAUGCCAUUUGAAAUAGUGAUUCCCAUCUCACCAUUGUCAAUUUUAUUGAAACUUGGUAUUCAUACAUCUAAAAUUAUUCAACUAAAUGGAUUGUUUUUAUUAUAGCCUUAACAUUACUUCAAUAAGUAACCAAAUUUUACUCUAAAAAUUUGCAUCAAAAAAUUACCAUUUGUAAAAAGUUUUAUUUAAAUACUUGGAAUCUUUUUUAUUGUAUUAUCUCAUAUUUUUAAGCAGUAUCUCUUGCAUAUUUCUGUGAAAUGUUCAAAAAUCUAUUACACUGUACUCUCGAUAUCUCAAAGCUGAGGGAACGAUAAAUUAAUUUCGAGAUAGCGAGUUUUUGAGAUAACAAGUUUAGAACUAAAUAUGUUCUAAAAAGUAGAAAAAUAUAUUCUAAAAUAUUAAUCUAAAAAUUAGAGUCAUGAAACAUGAGAAUAACUACUGAUAAUUAUGUAUGUGAUGAUAGUUGACUAUAAGUCUAAAUACAACAAUGACAAUUUUAUUUUUAAAAGUAAGACAAAAAUAAUUACGCAUUAAAUAGAAAAGAAUUGGUUUACAUCAAAUUUACAUUGUGAUUUUUCCAAGAGAAUUCGACGUAACAAGGUUUUUUGAGAAGACACUCUUUGACAUAGGAGUUCAAAUUAACAUUAAGUUAGUCUUAACAUUAUGUCUGUAGAAAAGCUAUUUUUUUGACAUAGCAAGGUUUUCAAGAUAUUGAGACUAUACGGUAUUUUAUUUUCACAUACAUAAAUUUUAAGCACACUCAAGAACAUUGUCUUAAAAACGUAAGAGGAAACAAACA